AUGCCAUCUUCUUCUAACGAACUCGAAGCUGUAAGCUUUUCAUUUGGGGAGCUCCAGCCAUUAUCGAGGGUUAGCAAUGACUUUCAGAGCCGUGUAUAUAUCCCAGGGAGCAUCUCCAUUGAGAACGAUGGCGCUUCACCGGGUGAAACGGAUAGCUCUCAUUUCGUAUGGAACACAGCGACGGUAUCGACGACCCCGUCACUUUCCUCUACCGCAACUGCACGUCCUAAGUUUACUCCCGCCGAGCGUUUUCCUUUAUCUGAGGGCAGGCUUCGCCACAAUUUUGGCACAGACAGUGCACAUCAGAAGUUCGAGUCACCCGUUGCCAAAAAGUUCAACCGGCUCCACACGUUAGCUAAGUCUGACACCUACUGGUUAGGGUUGACAGCCCUAGCUAUACUCAUUGCGCUAAAUUCCGCAUUGGAUCCUUUGAGGUCGAAGCUGCUUCGUGUAGGCUGUAAGUGGGCAAAGACUGAUGGUACCUCUCUGCAGCUUUCCUGGGACGAUGAUUUUAUCCCACGAAUGCCCGGUCGAUUGGGAAUUCAAGCUUCACGAGCAUCUGAGGUGCCUAGUUCUUCGCAGACUUCGUUCCAUACCGAAUUUGAACGGAAAACGUAUCAUGGAUUCGGUAGUGAUGGCUUUAACGGAGACGGUUUGCUUUUCAGCGGCAGUUCCAGACGGCCAAACGAAUCCGAGGGUUCUUUCGGACCUGUGAAGUUUUCGGAGAACCCUCAUCCGGUUUUUACGUUACCAGCUGCGGAAUCUUCACAUGGUCCGCUUCAUCGAGUAGUGUCAAGGUCUGUCUCCAAGUUUGAAACAUGGCGGCUUGAUGACGCGAAAGAGGCAAGAGAGGGCACUGCUCCGCAGUUGGGCCAGUAUUCGCCUCAUUCAGUGUAUGACGGCUCCCCUUCCGAGCCUGACUCUGACCACACAUUAGACCGGGGGUCAGGAUAUUCAACGCCUACAACAGAUGCUUCAACAGAUGACGUUCCCAGCAAUAACGCCGACAGUCGGAUGGGAUUGGCAAGAGGUCACUCGGAAAGUGACAGCAGCAGCAGCAACAACUCUGGAGGACAUAGGAAUGGCCAGUCGCGUACUGACCGUAAGCGCAUUAGCAAUUUGCAAAACCGACAGCGGGUCUCUGGUAUGCAUGGCGGUCACCAUCGCGGCAGCGAGGUAGUUGAAAUGCAGCCGAAGGGGCACCGAAAACGAAUCAAAGUUUCAAGACACUCCAGGGUUGGCACAGCUUCUACCACGGAGAAGCAGACAGCGCAGUCUGGUUUAAGAAGACGUGGGCAGCAGCGGAGUCGCAGGUCUGCGAGGAACAGCCUGUCCAAGCGGCAACAUAAGGUGCCAUCGGUUAAUAUGGUUUUUCAAACGCCGAAAAAAACCAGAUUCUUUUUGCCUGACAGUAACGUCGCUUCAGGUGAUGCAAGCGGUGAAGACGACGAUUCGGAUGAAAACGAAGCAACUUCAGUAUACUCUCAUAUACCCGUUCCCAGCGGUUCUACGGAUGUCCAUUCACAGAGUGGUGAGAGCGCUUUGACCCUUUUCUCUGUCGACAACGGCGACGAAUCUUCGGACGGUGGUCGUACCACUUCGUUACCGCAUCAAUCCUCCCAAAGUGCAUUUGCCCCGAGCUCAACUACGACUGGACCAGGGGACUUUGCAGUGGUGGCUGCAGCUAGACUUUUAGCGAGCAGGGUAUCACCCGAUGCGUCCUUUAACCUCCCGAAAAACCAGCAGGCAUCGUAUUCGGGCUCCAACAAUGCGUCGUCUUUGCCGACGGAAGUGUUACUUUACUUGGUUCGGCAAGCUCUGGAGGAGCUUGUAUUGUCAGAAAAUGCCAAAUGA